UUCCCUUUCCUUCGCCUCCCACUAGAGCUCCGCGAGCAAGUCUAUUCCCACUACUUCCACCCUGGCGACCACCUCGUGCGCAACACUGCGCUCGAAUCAAAGGGUUUCUUCGGCGGCGUCUACCACUGGGACCUCGACGUCUUCUACGUAAACAAGCAGAUACACCGGGAGAGCAAGCGCGUGUGGCGACGCGAAAACAUCUUUGUCAAGAUCGCGACACCAUGGCCGAGUGCUGUCAAUCAUAUCUCAUCAGAGGGCUUGGUGCCGAUUGUAUGUGCGGAUGCACAGGCGAAUGCGUUUACGGGGCAUCAUGCUGUGGUGCAGAUUGAUUCGCCGAUGCAGAUUGUAACGCCGGAGCAUAUGGUUGUCAUGCUGGCGGAUGACUUGCCGUUGUUCACACGGACAUGGUAUUACAGUGCGUUGUCGUAUCCGACGCUGAACGAGCGGCUGAACACUACGUUUAUGCUGCGGAAUCCAGCGAAAGCAGACGAGGCCAGCGAGGAGGAUAGAGAAGAGCAAGGACAAGAACAAGAACAAGACGAGCUUGGAGUCCCCCUCGCCGUCCAGCGAAAACUCCUCCUCCCAUUCGAACACGUAAAGGGCCUCCACGGCUCCCUCUUCAUCGGCUUCUCAAACACCGUCCAGUCGGAACUCGCGCGCCUCCAGGCCCGCCCCAUCCCCUCCCUCGAGCAAAGCCUCGAAUCAGCAACAGACUAUCUAGCCGCCGGUGACGCCGCGCUAGCAAAGUCCACAGAACCCACCGCCCUCGAAGCAAUCGAGCUCUAUAAGAAAGCCUUUCACGCAAUUCAUAUCUUAAUCCACGGCCGCACCCGCCGCGUCAUGGCUGACGUCUUCUUCCAAGAGGCAGUCUCCCACGGCCGCUACGCAGGCCAAACCGGCAUCACCGUCCGCGUCGUCCUGCGCCUCAAACUCGUCUCUCGCUUCCUCGCAGCCUACAACCAGUUAUCUCGUUGGGACGACUCCGCCUUUUGGGGCAUGCGCAGCGUCACCAUCCUCGAAGAAUCGCUCAACCCCGAUUUCGAAAUGUUCCUAGCAGAGGUCUUGGGUGGCUCUGACGUCGGCAUGAUUUACCUCCGCACCGGCAUCGCGUUCUGGAAUAUGGAAAAUAAACGUGAGGACUGGAUGGGCGAAUUGAUUAGUUAUGCGGAUGAUGAGUUAGCGGGGAGUCGCCGCUUGUGGGAUGCAGCGGUUAGGUUUCUCAGGCAUGCGAAUAAGGAGGAGGCCAGGAGCGAGUUGCUGGCGUAUGGCGUCCCGCGGGAGACGGUGGCGCUGUUUGCGGAUGUGCAGGCGCCGAGGAUGGAUGUGGAGAGUAUGGUUGCGAGGGAUGGGAGUAGUACGAGCGAA